AUGAGUGAGUAUGAGAAUUACGCCUUUAUGCUGCAACACUGUAUCCAAGCCAUCCAACAUGCCCACUCCUUCUCCAUGCAAGCUUUCGAAACAAGGGAGAAGUUGGCCGACAUGAAGAAGGAGGUUUCUGCUCUCAAAAAGGAGAACAAAGCUGUUCUGAUAAAGAUGAAGAAGCUGGAAGAUCAGGCCGAGGCUGCCACUAAGGCCCAACAGAUGGCCGAAGAAAAAGCGGAGUCUGCUGAAGCCAUCAAAAAAGUUGCUGAGGCCGAGAAGAGAGAUGCCGGGGUAAAAAAGGCUCAAGCCGAAAAAGAGCUCGAGGAGGCCCUGGCCACUAAAAACGCCGAAAUUACUGAAGCCGAUGAAAAAGCUUACGCCCAAGGAAUGGUCGAUGUUACUGAGGAUUACAAACUGCAAGUUGAAGCUAUUCGUCUCCCAUUCCCUCCUCCUGCUCCAUCUUCAAGUCAAGCUGAAGAUGAGUCAGAAUCUGAGGUUGAGGAUGAAGAUAACAAUGAAGAUGAGGCCUUGGUGAGGAAAUCCAAGGAUGCUACUGAGGCCAAGUCCCUUCCUCCAACUGAGUAA